AUGGAAGCUUAUCACUGUAAAAACUGUGAUUUUAAGACUAAUCUGACACUUGUGUUUAAACAACACAUUAAUACACAUGACGGCCCUAAGAGAGAAUCUAGUGAGAAAACAUCUAGUGAGGAAUCAUUUAGUGAGGAAUCAUCGAGUGAGGAUUCCAGCAUAGAAAACUACGGUUGCGCAAUAUAUUACUUUGAGCCAAAUCUGUCGUUAAAGUCGUUUCAGCAUACUUCAGCAUGCACGGAAACGAAAGAAAGUCUUCAAAGUAUGAGUUCUUUGAAAAAGAGUGCCACAAACAAUUCCGACUUCGAACAAACUGACGAAAUGCUCUAUUCUUGUGCUGAAUGUUCAUAUAAAUGUAAAUUCAAAAGAUAUUUAAAUCGUCACAUUAAGGCUUUCCAUUCAGACAAGUCGUAUGCAUGCGACGAGUGUACAUUUACAAGCAAAUGGAAAGAAAGUUUAAAAGUCCACAUAAAUAGAAUCCACCUAGAUGAACAAGAUGUUGAAUGGCACAAGUGCAAUGAGUGUUCUUUCAAAACUAAGCUUGAAGCACCUUUAAAAAGACACGUAAAUGACAAGCAUCUAGACGACACAAAAGUUAAGUGGUACAAUUGUCACAAUUGUUCCUACAGAACCAAACGAGCGUGGAACUUAAAAAGUCAUGCAAUGUAUAAACAUUUGAAUGAUGAGGAAAUUAAGUGGCACAAAUGUGGAGACUGUUCAUUCAAAGCUAAAACAAAAAGUAAAUUAAUAAGGCAUGUAAAGGUCCAUUCGAAUAUCAGAUAG